UUUUAUUUGAUUUAUUUUUUAUUUUUGUUCCCUCUCCUUUUAAAGAGAAAGAAAGAGCCCAAUCUUCAAAAGCUCGGACUGUAAGAAAACACUUGUUCUGCUACUGAAAUUUUUUGUGCGUUUGAUUUUCAUUUCUCUGUGCCUUUCUUCUCCAUAGCUUAAAAAGUGGUCUCCGGAUCCUAGCAAACAUGGAUGGGGGAGCAGCUUACAAUCCUCGGACUGUGGAAGAGGUUUUCAGAGACUUUAAGGGCCGUCGUGCCGGAAUGAUUAGAGCUCUCACCGCCGAUGUCGAAGAAUUUUAUCAGCUUUGCGACCCUGAGAAGGAAAACCUCUGCCUCUAUGGGUUCCCUAAUGAACAGUGGGAAGUUAAUUUGCCUGCUGAGGAAGUACCUCCAGAACUUCCGGAACCAGCAUUGGGCAUUAACUUUGCUAGAGAUGGGAUGCAAGAAAAGGAUUGGCUAUCCCUUGUUGCUGUUCAUAGUGAUGCCUGGCUUCUUGCUGUGGCAUUCUAUUUUGGUGCUAGGUUUGGCUUUGAUAAAUCUGACAGGAAACGCCUUUUUACAAUGAUAAAUGAUCUACCCACAAUAUUUGAGGUUGUGACGGGAAGUGUGAAGAAACAGGGAAAAGACAAGUCAUCAGUUUCAAAUAACAGCAGCAACAAAUCCAAGAUGGGCCCAAGAGGGCGAGGUUCUGAAUCAAGCAAAUUGUCUAAGGGAUUGGCGAAAGAUGAGGACGAGGGACUGGAUGAAGAAGAUGAGGAGGAGCACGGGGAGACCUUAUGUGGGGCAUGCGGGGAGAAUUAUGCGUCGGACGAGUUCUGGAUAUGUUGUGACAUCUGCGAGAAGUGGUUUCAUGGCAAGUGUGUGAAGAUCACUCCUGCAAGGGCUGAACAUAUCAAGCAAUACAAAUGCCCCUCGUGCAGCAAUAAGAGAGCACGGCCCUGAUAAUGAUGGGUACCUAGUUAAUUUAUUCAUGGAGGAUUAAACUAACUUGUAGUCAGUUCAAUGUUAAUCCACGUUCCCACAGGGUAUGUACUAAAUGCGUUGGCUGGAACCUUGUUUAUUCGGAUAAUUUAUAGGCUAUUAAAAUGUAUUCUAUGUAAUUCCGAACUAGGAAACAUGGAUUGCUCUCUAUGUGCGAACCUGUCGUCAGUGGAGUGUGAAACAUUCUUAUUUAUCUUGUUUAAUUCGUUAAUUGGUUCUGAUCUUCUUCUUGCCCUGGGCUUCAGAACAUAAACAUCGUUCUCAUUUCCAAGGUAUGUUAACUUUACUUUGGUUUUCUUCUGGUUACUGGGUGAAAUGAGGUUGCUCAUUUCCGUCUUCCACCCUUCACUCUAAUGUGCCAAUUGUUAAGAUCCAAGUGUGUUUGGAUGAGGAUUUGACGAUGCUUUCUGGCAAUCUGAUAAUUGUCCAAGGCAAAAUUGACAGGUGAAAAAAGCAUUGUUGGAUGCUGUGGAAUCAUGCUCUGCGCAAAGAUGUUUGAGAUUCUGGUUUGUUAGUCUUCAGUAAUCAUAUCUGUUGUGGAUGGAGCUGGUGUGCUAUGCAUUCAUGGCAGAAGUACGAGAUAUGAGAAUGGCAAUGCCUAAUUCCUCGGUGGUUGAUGCAGCAGCACAUGAAACCAGGUCCAGAACAAUGCACAACCGAACCCUUGUUUUGGUUAUGUAAAUUUUACAACUCUCGGAAAUGAAGUUUUCUCUGAUGUUGAAAUCUAGUUAAGGUUGUAAAACACAAUAGUUUUUCAUCUUUCACGAUGAUUUCAAUUUCAUGAUAGGAGUUCAAUUUGAAACUAAACCAAUCAAUCGAAUGCAUUUUUAUUUAGUGAGGUAUCUACAUUUACUUCCUGACCAAUAACUCAUUUGUUCGUGAUCAUUCUGUUUAUCGAGUUUGACUUCUUAUGCAUCUGGUUUACUUUACCCUGAAGGUAGUAAGUUAAGCAACUUGGCAUUUGAUUGAUGGGGGAACUGGUAGCUGAGAAAUGCGUUAAAUACAUCAUAUCUGUUGAAAAGAAUGGAUGGUGCACACUGGGGGUUAACAGCACUGGAUAUUCUUGGAAAGUUAAAUACGGUGGAUGUUGAUUAGGCUGUUUCAUGGGUCUUGAAAGGCUAGCACGAUUCAGGUAAUGCGGACACAAGUUGAAUGAAAUUUCCUCUCUGCAUGCUUGCAGAUUAGAUGUGAACAUUGGCUCAUCUAUAACAAAAGAAGCGAACGAACGCCUGAUAUAUGUCGGUGGUUUCGCUGACAACAUUGGAUAUGAUUCACACUUAUCAGUUAGGUUCGUAUCACUUUUCUUCUUGGUGGUUUAACAAAUGUGGGUGAAAAUCAAAACUUUCUAACUUUGAGAAAGGUAUAUGUGGUUGAAUUAUGCAUAAGGUGGCUCGUUGAACUGUGUCAUACUAUAUAUGAAUGUAAAAGCAUGGGCGGUUUUAUUUUAGAAAAA